AUGCUAGGAUUGCUAGUUUGUCUAGAAAAGGUUGAAGCUAUGGAAUUAAGGAAAGUAAAGGAAGUUAAACCCGUGCAAAAUGAUGAAAUUUGUAGCAUUUGUGAAACCUUUGGUCAUCUUACGCAUGAUUGUCCUAACAUUCCAGUCUUCAAAGAAGUUUUACAUGAUCAAGCCAAUGCUAUGAACACUUUCAAAAAGCCUUUUUCUUCUCCAUACUCAGAAACAUCUAAUCAACAAUGGAGAAAUCAUCCCAACUUUAGUUGGAGAGAUGAUAAUCGUGUUCAUUUAUCACAACCUCAAGGGCUUUCAAAAUUUCCUUCUUUUCCACCACCACAAUCAAAGACUCUUGAGGAAACAUUGCAGUCUUUUAUGCAAGGACAAGCAAAUAUUAAUAUUCAAACUUCACAAGCCAUCAGUGAAAUCAAGAACACACUUUCUUCAUUGGCCUCUUCUUUACGUUCUCAAGAGAAAGGCAAAUUUUUUGCUCAACCUCAACCAAAUCCUUCUGGGCAAUUUAAUGUAAAUGCUUCUAGUUCUUCUGAAAGUCAACAAGAAAAUGCCAACUCCAUCACGACUCUUCGUAGUGGAAAAAUUAUUGACAAAACCAUCCCUUCAAAAGAACUAAAAUUGGGUGGGACUUCAAAGCAAGAAAAUGACGUUUCCAAAAACUUGUGCACUGUCAAGAGGAAACUUAAUGUUCAACAGGAAGCAUUUUUGAUAGAGAAUGUGAGCUCAAUCAUUCAACAAAACACUCCACCUAAAUUCAAAGAUCCUGGUUGUACAACAAUUUCUUGUGUGAUUGGGAAUAAUAGGAUAGAGCGUGCUUUUCUUGAUCUUGGUGCUAGUGUUAAUCUAUUACCUUUUUCUGUGUAUGAGCAACUUGGUUUGGGAGAGCUUAAACCAACAGCAACAACACUUCAACUUGCUGAUCGUUCAGUAAAAGUUUCAAGAGGAAAUGGUAUCUUGAAACUCUCUUUUGGAAAUAUGACUGUGGAAAUGAAUAUUUUUAACAUUUGCAAGCAACAUGGAGAUACAGAUGAUUUGCAUGAAGUAGAUCUUAUUGAACAACUUGUUGAUGAUCGGUUUAUUGCUACAUCUUCAUCUGAUGCCCUAGAAUUUGAAGUCAACGAUAAUUCUAAAAAUUCGCAUACGAUUUCAAGUGUUCAAGAGCUAAAGCUCGAUUUGAAACCAUUUUUUGAGAAUUUCACUAGAUUGGAAGAGUGUGUUUCUUUUAUUAUUAUUUUUUCACUAAUGAAAUUGAAGGGUCAUUUAGGCCAAGUUUAUGCAGACUUUCCAGGGGAUGCUGCUUUGAUUUAG